GAGUGACGUAUGAACGGCCGAAGAAACGAAAACGAAAGAAAAGCCUUUCUGUGCCGUUGUUAUCUUCUAAAAUUACUGAAGAAUGGAGACAAACGGCCAGGCUAAUGGGCUUAAAUCUAAAAAGAAAGAUAAUGGCGACGCAAAGGAUAAUUUGUGGUCUUCUAUCUUAGAAGAAGUUCAGAAUCAAGGGAACACUAAACUACCUUCAAAUAAAAAUGUGUUAGUUUUGGGUGAUAAUGAAACAGGCAAAACCACUCUCGUAGCUAAAUUACAAGGAGUUGAAGACCCAAAGAAGGGUUCUGCACUUGAAUAUGCAUAUAUAGAUGUAAGGGAUGAAUACCGAGAUGAUCACACUCGACUCAGUGUAUGGGUGCUGGAUGGUGACCCAGGGCACACAAAUCUACUCAAAUUCGCCCUCAGCGAGGAAACAUUCCCACACACACUGGUCGUCCUCACAGUUGCUAUGACGACUCCAUGGGGAAUACUAGACCAGUUGCAGAGCUGGGCCUCUGUGCUCGGUGACCAUAUAGAUAAAUUGGAUCUCACACCAGAACAAAGAUUACAAAGUAAAAAACACCAAGUACAGAAAUGGCAGAGGUAUACGGAGCCUGGCGACGAGCUGGAACCAACCGCAUCAUCACCAAUGAAAAGAUCAUCGAGGAACCUUUCCGAUGACCUCGAGAACGGUGAUGAUGAUGACAACCCGUUGCCAGAAGGCGUGCUGACCACUAACCUCGGCCUCGAUAUAGUUGUAGUUGCUACUAAGACUGACUACAUGAGCACAUUAGAAAAGGAGCACGACUACCGCGACGAACACUUCGACUUCAUGCAGCAGUGGAUCCGGCGGUUCUGUCUGCAGUAUGGCGCGGCUCUGUUCUACAGCAGCGCCAAGGAGGACAAGAACUGCGACCUGCUGUACAAGUACUUGACGCACCGGAUAUACAGCCUCCCGUUCAGGACACCGGCGCUCAUCGUGGAGAAGGACGCGGUUUUAAUUCCUGCUGGUUGGGAUAGCAUGAAGAAGAUUAGUAUAUUAUAUGAAAACAUGCAGUCGUGUAAACCAGAUGACUACUACAGAGAUGUCAUUGUACAGCCUGCUAUACGGAAAAGCGGGGCUAGCCGCGAAGCAGAGGUACAAGCGGAGGACGAGCAGGCGUUUCUGCAGCGGCAGCUCGCCGCGCUGCAGGCCGGCGCCCCCGCGCCCCGCGCUGACUCCCCGCUGCGCACGCAGCGCUCCACCUCGCAGCUGGACGGCACGAAAAUGGGCAUGGGCCCCGGCACGCCCGGCAACGAGGGCGUACUGGCGAACUUCUUCAACUCGCUGCUGUACAAGAAGACGGGCUCGCCGGGGGCGCGCGCCGCUGAGCCGGUGCCGGGCGCCGCCGCCGCGCGCUCCGACGCCGCCGCCGAGCUCGACCGCCUCACGCGCGCCAAGCGGCCGCCCGCCGCGCCGCUCGACCUCAACUCCUCCUCCGAGUGCUAG